AUGGGUGGGGACCAGAAGCGGGAAGUGCCGAAAGCAGAAGUGCCACCCGAGGGGUUUUCUGAUGGCAGCUGGGACAGGAGCGAGCGGGUGCAGAGGCUGGUGAGGCAGAGCGGGGCUGACUACAGCUUCCUGGUGAGCCAGAACACGAAGCUCCUGCGUGCGCUGGAGGACCUGCAGCACCGCUGCUCCAGCCUGGCCCAGGAGAACAGCCUGCUGCGCAGAAGCUGCUUCCCACAGACAGAGGAGAAGGUGAAGCACCUGAAGAAGAAGAACGCAGAGCUGGCAGUGAUCGCCAAGCGCCUGGAGGAGAGAGCCCAGAAGCUCCAGGAGGCAAAUCUUAAAGUGGGUGACCCUCGCUGCCUGAACGUCACCGAGUUCCAUCGCCUGUUGCGGGAGUCCCAGCGGGAGGUGCUGCGGCUGCAGAGGCAGAUCGCCCUCAAGAACUUCAGGGAGUGUGUCCGGGCCUCCCGGAGCAGCUCAGCCCGCAGCGCUGCCGCGCGCCCGGGGCCGCCGUUUCCCGUGGCAGAAUUUCACGGCUGCGGGCUGUGUGAGGAUGGGCUGCUGAGCCCCCAGCCUCCCAAACCCCAGCGGCUGCUCGCAUUCAUUGCUCCCCACUUCUUACAGAAGAUGGAUUGA